AUGGGGGUUUUUUAUUAUAUCCAAAAUAUAUGGCCUUUUUCGGCUUUAAAGUUUGAUGAUUUGAGUGUAUCAGAUGGGUUAGUUAGGAAACUAUCGGUACCUGAACACACGAAACAGUUUGUUUUUGCCAUUCGUGAACCCGAAUCACAGGCUGUGAUAUAUAUAUUGUGUGUUCAGAAUUUAUCUGAGAGGUCAGCUUUGGAUGCUGAGUAUCUUAUUAGAGAAAUUAGACCCGAUGCUGUUGUGGCCCACGUGGGUCAUUCCGCGCUGAAUGAGAUUCAGUCCGAAGAAAUUGAAUUUAGGAGUGAUAGAAAUAACCCACUUCCCACUUCAUCGUUUGAAGUGUUGAAAAGGUGUUUUGUUCAAAAGCUAAAUAAAGAGAAGUAUGAGAACGUAGCUGGGAGUUUGGUUUUGAGGGAGAUUUUUGGAAUCAGUUUUCAUGGGCAUUUCUUGGCAGCCAGAAGGGUGGCUCAAGAAGUUGGUUCAUCGUUCUUGUUUCUUGAGUCGCCGUUGGUGAAAUCUGGUGCGGACGAUAGUUUUAAUCCCUCGGGUGAAGCCGAGUCGGGGAACAAGUUUCAAGCUUUAGCAUUACAGCUGAAUAGUUUAGUUCCACAAAAAAUGGGUUUUGUAGUUCCAUCAAGCUCAAGUAGGUUUUGUAUUCCAAAUGAGUAUCAGUCACAGAUGGUGAGGUCGUUAUCGUCAUAUUUAAUUCAUUCAGGUUCUGUUCCAAAUGUGGGUUCCAGAGAUAUUCAACUGAAAGAGGAUUAUGAGGCCCCGCAAUUUGCCCAAACUGUUUAUCCCUUGCUUGUUGAUUUGUAUAAUAUUUUUAUUGACAUACCCUCAAUUGGUAUGGCUCUAGCUCAUGCACAGAAGAUCCUCUAUGAUGUGAGUCGGGGAGAAGUUGUUGAUACCCAAUUCUUAUCAGAAAUCUAUAUCUUCCGAAUUGCAGUCGAGGGACUAAGAAUUGCUCUAAAUAAUGCCAGUAGGCUCCCUAUCAACAAAAUGAGGAACCCUGGCUUAACUAAAGCUGAGUUUUCCGAGCUUCCUGUUGAUGAUAAGUCACAUGCUCUUCUUGCGCAGGCCCUUAGAAGCCAGACGAAGAAGUUUAAGUCCAUUGUAGCGAUUGUUGAUGCUAGUGGCUUAGCUGGUCUAAGGAAACAUUGGAAUACUCAGGUUCCACCAGAGGUCAAGGAUAUUGUUGAACAGUUGGUCACUAAUUGUGCAAAUGAGGGGGAAACUCCAAACCAUAAUGAUAGAAAGCGAUUAUUGUCCAAUAAACCGGUUGUGGCUGUUGGGGCAGGAGCAACAGCAGUUUUAGGAGCUUCAUCUCUCUCUAAAGUUGUUCCUGCAUCAACUUUCGUGAAGCUUGUCACCUUCAAAGUUCCUGCUUCUCUUAAACUUAUGAUGACUCAGACUCAAAAGGCUGUUACUAUUGUGUUUGGCAAGGCUCUUGGUCCUUCAAAACUGGUAGCCUCUGGAAUUGCAAAUUCUGGACUCAAAUCAACAUCUGUUUUGAAGGCAACUGCUUCUGCUGAGAAGAUUCGUGUUGUGGCUCACAGUGUUAUAGCCUCUGCUGAGAAGACCAGCCUUUCGGCAAUGAGAACAGCAUUUUAUGAAAUAAUGAGGAACCGGCGGGUUCGGCCAAUUGGAUUUCUGCCGUGGGCUACAUUCGGGUGUAGUAUUGCUACUUGUGCAGGCUUGCUUGCGUAUGGAGAUGGAAUUGAAUGUGUUGCUGAAUCCCUUCCUGCAGCUCCCUCAAUUGCAAGUUUGGGUCGUGGGAUUCAAAGUUUACACCAGGCAUCUCAGGCAGUGGGGCAAGCCGAAAGCUCCAGGAUACAAAAAUCUAUAGAUUCCCUUUUCCUCCUUUUUUUCGAGGUGGAUUUUGAAAAUUUUCUGCCAAGAAGCAUUCACCAGGUUUCCCUUGUUUCUAUAUUCUAUUUUCUGUCAUUGCUGGGAAUUUGUGUGAAUGAUGGUUGUUGGAUACACAUCAACAAUUUGCAGAACCGUAACGCAGAUAAUGCUGAGCUUCGGUUGAAAGUGUGUGUUCUCCUUCACCAGCCUCUUGAAGCAGUAGCGAUCGGAUUAACAGGUUUUGGAAACAAUGAAACACUUGCUCUUCCUCAAGUCAAGGAUUUGCAGAACAACAACCAAGUUAAACACCGGCGGUGA